AUGGGACCAGAGCUCUUUUUCCCCCCACAACCUGACCGUGUGGCCAUCGUGACGGGAGGGACGGAUGGGAUCGGAUAUUCCACGGCCAGGCAGCUGGCGAGACUCGGCAUGCAUGUCAUCGUAGCUGGAAAUAAUGAUGGCAAAGCCCAAGAAGUUGUAAGAAAAAUAAAAGAAGAAACCUUGAAUGACAAAGUGGAGUUUUUAUAUUGUGAUCUGGCUUCCAUGAAGUCCAUCCGGCAGUUUGUUCAGAAGUUCAGGAUGAAGAAAAUCCCUCUCCAUGUCCUGGUCAAUAAUGCUGGGGUGAUGAUGGUCCCUCAGAGGAAAACCAGGGAUGGAUUUGAAGAACAUUUUGGCCUGAACUACCUGGGGCACUUCCUCCUGACCAACCUCCUCCUGGACACCCUGAAAGAGUCAGGAUGCCCUGGCCGCAGUGCAAGGGUGGUCACCGUCUCCUCGGCCACCCAUUACGUUGGAGAACUGAACAUGGAUGACCUUCAGGGCAGCCACUUUUACUCGCCCCACGGAGCCUAUGCCCAGAGCAAGCUGGCUCUUGUGCUGUUCUCCUAUCACCUCCAGUGGCUGCUGGUGGCCGAGGGAAGUCAUGUGACUGCCAACGUGGUGGACCCCGGGGUGGUCAACACGGAUCUCUACCGGCACGUCUUCUGGGGCACACGUCUGUUCAAGAAGCUCUUGGGCUGGCUGUUUUUCAAGACUCCUGAUGAAGGGGCCUGGACUUCCAUCUAUGCAGCGGUCACCCCAGAGCUAGAAGGGAUCGGCGGCCGCUACCUGUACAACGAGAAAGAGACCAAAUCCCUCAAGCUCACCUAUGACCAAAAGCUUCAGCGACAGCUGUGGACCAAAAGCUGUCAGAUGACUGGUAUCCUUGACGUGACCCAUGGCCCAGUCUCAGGGUAGCUGCUCUCCCAAGACGUCUUUGCAUCCACUGACUGCUUGGGGUCUGUGAAGACUGUGGUUUGUACAAUUCUCACACAUGCCUGCCCUCAGGGAUCUGCCCUCCAGUCUCCGGUGGACAGCCCUGACCUUUGCAGGAACUCAAGGAGCAAAAGAAAUGUUGUGCGUAACCACCCACAGGUGGUCCCCUGCCAUAAAUCUUGUGAUUCCCAAAGUGCCAAAUUGUGACAGGUGCUAGGAAUAAUUAAAUCUUUCUGCCUUAAA